GGGCGGCGGUAUUGAAUGCGGGGCUCGAGGAAGAGGAAGGAAGGGAGGAAUGAAGAACUUCGGAACUUAUCGCUUUCUGGCCAUGUUGGAUUUGACAGUCUCCCUGACCAGCUGGUCAACAAAUCCACUUCUCAAGGAUUCUGUUUCAACAUCCUGUGCGUGGGUGAGACGGGCAUUGGCAAAUCCACAUUGAUGGACACUUUAUUCAACACCAAAUUUGAAAGUGACCCAGCUACUCACAAUGAGCCAGGUGUCCGGUUAAAAGCCAGAAGUUAUGAACUUCAGGAAAGUAACGUACGACUGAAGCUAACCAUUGUUGACACAGUGGGAUUUGGAGACCAGAUUAACAAAGAUGACAGCUAUAAGCCCAUAGUGGAGUACAUUGAUGCCCAGUUUGAGGCCUACUUGCAAGAGGAAUUGAAAAUUAAACGUUCUCUCUUCAACUACCAUGACACGAGGAUUCACGCCUGCCUUUACUUCAUCGCCCCCACGGGACAUUCACUGAAGUCCCUGGACCUGGUCACCAUGAAGAAGCUAGACAGCAAGGUGAACAUCAUUCCAAUAAUUGCAAAAGCUGACACCAUUGCCAAGAACGAAUUGCACAAAUUCAAGAGUAAGAUCAUGAGUGAACUAGUGAGCAAUGGAGUUCAGAUAUAUCAGUUCCCCACAGAUGAGGAAACGGUGGCCGAGAUUAAUGCAACGAUGAGUGUCCAUCUUCCCUUCGCAGUGGUUGGCAGCACUGAAGAAGUGAAGAUUGGCAACAAGAUGGCCAAGGCCAGGCAGUACCCCUGGGGUGUGGUGCAGGUUGAAAAUGAAAACCACUGUGACUUUGUGAAGCUGAGGGAGAUGCUGAUCCGAGUGAACAUGGAAGACUUGCGAGAGCAGACGCACACUCGCCACUAUGAGCUGUAUCGGCGCUGUAAGCUUGAGGAGAUGGGCUUCAAGGACACCGACCCCGACAGCAAGCCCUUCAGUCUUCAAGAGACGUAUGAAGCAAAAAGGAAUGAAUUCCUGGGAGAGCUGCAGAAGAAGGAGGAGGAGAUGAGGCAGAUGUUUGUCAUGAGAGUGAAGGAGAAAGAGAAGGAACUUAAAGAGGCAGAGAAAGAGCUUCACGAGAAGUUUGACCUCCUGAAGCGGACACACCAAGAGGAGAAGAAAAAGGUGGAAGACAAGAAGAAGGAUCUUGAGGAGGAGGUGAGCAACUUCCAGAAGAAGAAGGCAGCGGCUCAGCUCCUGCAGGCCCAGGCCCAGCAGUCCGGGGCCCAGCAAACCAAGAAGGACAAGGAUAAGAAAAAUGCAAGCUUCACAUAAAGCCGGCCAAGCCAAGGACACUCCCGCAUUCACCUGCUUUGGCAGUAAUAGCGCAUCUCUGUCGUCUGUGCCCUGUUUGAUUUUGUGUUGCACCCUUCCCCACAUACCAGUAGCCCUUAGCUCAUUUUGCUGAAUGUUGUCAGGGGGUAGGAAACCAUAGAACAAGGGGAUAACAGCAAACGCUUGUGAGGCUGGACUUUGUUUCUGGAAAGUCGAUGAUUUGCUUUGUAUGCCUAUUCCAAGUGGCAACAGGAAGCAUGUCUGUCACUUCUGUGUCACUUUGGACCAAGGACAGUGGGGUAAAAUACUACCUGUAUGUCUGAUGUGAAAACUCACCGCCUCAGCAGCUGAACUAAAACCCUGAGUAGCCGUGACAACAACUUGCAUUUUCUUGAUUAUUCAUCUCAUGCUCAUACAGCCCCUGAAUUCACUGUCCCUUCUUCACAUUUGCCACAGGCCAAAGGUGGCCUUGAAAUUAGGCAGAAUGGUGAGUGGACAUCACUGAUAGCUUUUCACUUGUAUGACCUUUUGUUUUAAUCACUUGGUUAUUUGAUCUGAGCGUGUGGUCUGCUCCUACCCUCUUAAGUAUGGAGUCUACAUCUGAAUGCCCACUCUAAAGUCUGGCCAUGCUGCUGUGGACUGGUGUAAGAAACAUGGUUAUAUUCACCUCCACCAGGGAGUCCCUGGUGCUUUCACAGGUCCAGAUCUCAAAGACCAGCUCAUUAAGUAUUGCUUAGCUAAGGAUGCUGGAUUCCCACUUACAGUGAGGGGAUUUACCCCACCCCUGUCCUCCAGUCCCCUUCCCACACACCUGCAUUUGCCUUAAGCAGGCUGAGGGGAGACCUGGGGGUUGAUUCCAGGAUAUGUAUGGCUACUUCUAAUAGAAAUUUUCACCAACUGCAAUGAAAAGAACCUGCCAUAAAUACUUCGAAUAGAAAACUAGCUAUACAUUGUAUUACCUGUAGCACAAAUCUGAAAGGAUGUCCUCCUUGAAGGGAGGAAGGGAGUGAGCACAAUGCACCAUCACUCAAAGUAGAGAAUGAAGUGGUCACUUGGGCUCCUUGCUCUUGUUGAGACCUGGUUGUCUCUAAGGAAUUUUCCUCACUCGUCCCCUCACUGUGACUAGUUCUGCCUAUUCUGUCUCUUGGGAUCAUCAGUCACUUUGCCUCCACCCAGGACAGUGCUAACUCGUGUGCCAGGAUAUACCCCAUCUGCUUGCCCCUUUUCCUUCUUGUCACCUGCUUGGCUGUCCCCUCUAACAAGAUCCUCUGGCUUUUCCCACUGCCCUGUUUCUCAUGAGCCCAGUCCUUCGCCUUUACAUUUCCCUCUAACAUUGUGAGUUACACAUGAAUGGGAUAAACAUACUGCAUCUCCCCUCUGUGACACACACUUAAAAAAAAAAAAAAAAAAAAAAAAAAAAAAAAAAAAAACCCCCAGCCAGUCCCUAUCUGAUCCCAGCCAAGUUUGUGUAGUGUCCCUUUCUUCAUCUCUCAGCCAUAAGAAGAAAGCUCUGGUCUUUCAUAAACUGAUGUAGGCUUCCUUAGGCAAAGUAAGGAAAUUGGCUUCAUUGGGGUGCAGACCAGGCUGGGACAGAAGACACAGAGCAGCUGCAGCUGCCACAGCAAUAGCUGCAGCCACCUCCCCCAUCUUCCCUGAUGGAGGAGGAGCUCCUAGACAGACACCAGCUUUGCUUCCAUUUCUCUAGCUAGCAGUGGAGCAGCAGGCUCUAAUGGCAUGCUCACUAACCGUGGCUGCAUUUGCUUCUUUGCUGGGCACCACACAAGAGCUUGGGUAUUUGUGUUGUACGCUUGUUCCAGCCAUUGCUUGUGUGAGUAUUUUUUUUUUUUUUUUUUUGUGCCUGAUAAUAGAAUCAAACCCUUUGCCUUUGGUUUCUCACAUCCCUAAAAGCUUUUAAAAAUAAGCUCAGCAAACAUUUUUUUAAAAAAAAUCAUCCAAUUGACUUUUUGAUGCCAAGAUUAUUGAUUGGAUUUUUUUUUUUUUUGCAUUUAUUCUUUUUUCACAGUAAAAUAAAUCCUAUGGAGAGUCAGGGAAUAAUAAAAAGCCACGAGAAUCCUAAAAAAGCUUUUUUAAAAAAACAACAUAAAAAAGCAAAACCUAUAUUGCUUCUAAAACUAUUUCCUCCCACUGCUCCCAAGCCUCCUGUAGUUUGUUAUUGCUGCUCUUUUCUUUCGGUAUCUAUGCCUUUCUUCACAGUAGUCCCUGGCUCUGCACGGAAUAAACGAUACUCUCAAAUCUAAUUGGAUGUGCUUUCGCCUUUGCAUGUAAGUACAGGAGUAAGAACUCUGAGAUCUUUCUGUUUCAGAUUAGGGAAAACAAAGGGGACAGAUGAGCUUUUCUUUUGGAAGGGGUCCUGAAAGUACAGUCUGAGUAGCUUUUUUUUUUUUUCUUCCUUUAAGCUAAAUUGUCUUUUGUAUUUUGCCUCAUGGUUUAUGCUUCCUCUUGAUCUCAGUGGAAGUAAGGUACUGGUUCCUGAUUGCAGUCAUUGUUCUGCAUAGCACCAUGUGGCAGGCCUUUGACUCUGACAAUGGGGGAGAGAAACCCUCACCAUCCACUGCACAGAAAUCUGGAAAACUGCGUCUCUGUGGCCUUCCUGAUCCCUUACAGUCUGGGUCUUAGUCUAAUGGCACAGUGGCCACUUCCUUUUAUUUUUUGUCUGAUGGCUUUGGCCUGUCCCUGAGCAUCUUUUGCUCCUUCUGGACCAUGCUCCCUGUAACAGUUUAUGGCCAGCAUGAGAAUUGAGUGGCAGUUGAGGACUGGUUUCCCAGCUGGGGCUCUGCAGUAAUUGGUCCAAAGGGGCAUCUUUCAGCCAGGGAAACUGUUCCACUUGAUUUUGGGUUUCUCAUUUUCCUCCUUCUCUACUUUGUUAUUCACCAGCAACAGCUCUUGCUUCCUCUCCAUCCUGUGCCCCUUUGAUGGGUAGACUUGGUCGUCUCACUUUCCUGACACACCCCAAGUGUUCCGCAGAGUCAGUGUUGAGUUGCCCCAUGUCUACUUCCCACCUGCAUCAUACUGUCUCUGUGUGGUCCAUUUGAAUCCCUUGGCUUUGCCAUUCACAAGUGUCUGGUUUGUCAGGUGUCAGUUUUCAAAAGUCCUAGUUCCAUUGACAGGACAUUUAUUAUGGGGUUGUUAGCUGAGUUAUGGCCUACAGAGUCUAGUUUGUAUGUAGGUAUGAAGGGAAUUUUUAAAAAUAAAUUGAAAAUUAAGCUGUGAACAGCAUUAGAACUUUGUCUAUUUCUUGAUUUGAAAAUAUGCUGAUAUGCCUUAAACUGUAGUUGUAGAACAGUCAUUUUUGCUGUUUGAAGAUAACUAAUGUUUUCUAAACUUGUUGUGUAAUCUUUCAGUGUUAAUGCAGAAUUGUCAUGUAUGUAAGCUGCAUGUUAGACACUUGUCUUUUUUUAAGAACUAAAAUAAUUGUAUUGAUGUGAACCAUACCCUUCCUACAAGUGUGAAAGUGCUGCCUCAGCAGCCUGCUGAGUAACUCGAGUCUGUUAACAUGGUGUGGUGACAGGUGACCUAUGCAUAUAUCACUAGUGCCAAGACCUAAAGCGGGGAAAUAUAUUUUUACCCAACCGUU